GUCUGAUCGCAGGCAAACGACUACAGCGGCAUCAACCUCUGUUCCACCACGUUCAGCGCGUUCACAUCAUCAUGCCUGUCCCGGCACGAUUCGUCUCGCGAGCAUGUCCUGUGCUCCAUGGACACCGCCGGUACGAGUCUGGGAGAAGACACUCAUUCUCCACGUCACGCCAGAGCGAACUGGCAUCUUGGCCGUGCACUGCUACUCCGUCGCCCCACGAGAUCCUCGGGGUCAAGCCUGGGCAGGCCUACUCGAAGGAGAAUUUCCAUCGCCUGGUCAAACUCUACCACCCGGACAUGUACGAUGCGUCGGUAGAGCGGGCCAUUCCCCGCGCCGUCGGCCUGGAGCGGUAUCGUCUUGUCAUUGCAGCGCACAACAUCCUGAGCGACCCACAGAAGCGGCGGCUUUAUGAGACUUGCAACGAGGGAUGGGGCUCAGGCCACCGGCCAGCAGCAUCGCAGCGUGCAGGUUCAUGGGAUCGGGAGGCAAGUACGACGACGAAUAACAAUACCGAGCCGCCGAGCGCUAUGCGUCAAAAGCCAAUUCAUACCUCUAAUGCCACCUUUGCCAUGGUCCUGUUGGCGUUGGCCAUGUUGGGCGCCGUGUUGCAAGUCAAGCGCCUUCGAUCCAAUGGGGAGAGGCAGAGAAUGUUGCAAAUCGUGCUUCAAGAUGCCAUAAUGGAGGAGCUUCAGGCCUGGGCCAGCAUAUUAGACGGCCAGUCGCGCGAUGACCGCAUCCUGGCGUUUCUGGCGAGGAGGCACGGCGUGCCGCAGCAGCUUGAACGAUGGACCUCGAGGCAUGCUUCAUGCUCGGACAAGGAAACUCUCCGAUCCGUUGCCCCUGCCGCAGACGACUAGACGCGAAGUAAAUUAUAGAAUUAUAGUAUGACUUAUGAUAAAGAAUGACCAGG